AUCCGCCAAAUAAGAAAAAAAUAUCUCGUGCCGAGUUCCAAGAUGGACGCAUACAUGUAGCUGUCUAACUGUUUUUAACGAACCACAUUUAAUUUUUAAGUUAUUGAAAAUGGCGAAUGAGAAUGCGGCGAAACUUUCCAAAAAUCUCCUGCGCAUGAAGUUCAUGCAGCGUGGUCUCGAUGCUGAGGUUAAGAAGCAGUUAGAAGAGGAGGAGAAAAAGAUAAUCAGUGACGAGCACUGGUAUCUCGACCUGCCAGAACUUCAAGCUAAAGAGAACUUUAUAAUUGAAGAAAGAAGCUUUGUGCCAUGUGAAGAUUUGGUGUAUGGUAGAAUGUCAUUCAAGGGUUUCAAUCCUGAAGUUGAGAAACUGAUGGCACUGAUGAACACCCAGAACCAGGAUGAGGAGGAAGAGGAUGAGGAAGAUCUCUCUAGAAUGGAAACAGAUGUAACAGAUGAAGAGAUGGCAAGAAGAUAUGAGAGCUUAGUGGGGAGCAUGAAAAGAAAAUUUGCAACAAAACGGGAGAGAUCACAAAUGCAGGAUGAAGAUGGAAAAAGGAUGAUUGAAGCAAAAGUAAAAAAAGUGUUCUUAAAGCCACAGGAUUAGGAACGUACGUGUGUGUGUGUGUGUGUGUGUGUGUUCUCCUUUAGAUUUAAUGGUUUUCUACUAUUUUAUGUUUAACGAAAGCAAAUCACAAAUAUUUAAUUUUGGACUGGAGGCUCUGAAGGUCAGCCAAGAACUUUGGUUUGUGUUUGCGUUAUCCUUCCGUCUGUGUACCUGGAGACAUCAUUUGGAACAUUGUCCUGAUGAAAUGCCACUUUUUCUACCAAGCUUGGACUUUAACUUUAACUUUGGACUUUAAGCGGGGGGAUCCGGGAUUGUAUCCAAAAUGUGCUGGUAUACUUUGAAACCGAUCUUCAGCUUGAGUCUGACACAAGAACCGGAACAUUUAAAAUGUCCCCAAAGCAAAAAUAAUCUACUCUAAUUGAGUUUAGGAGGUCGGAGCUUCACUUUUCUUCAUUAAACACGUUGCUGAUGAUCCUUUUUUUGUUGUUUUUAUUUUCCAUCCAACCAAAAAAAGUUUCAAUUUUUUUUUUUUACUCUCUUAUGUUGUACCUUUUGAAGAGGCUUCCCCUUCCUGUCACUAUGAUGAAGGACAUGCUGCCAAGGUGGAGUGCCAGUGUUUGAGAUAUUGCUUUCUGGUUUAACUGAUGCUGUCCAUUGUCCUGUACUUGUGUUUGAGUUAGCCUUCCAAAACUACUUUUAUACGGUAUGCUGUGAUAAAAUGCUUUGCUGCUUUCUCUUCCAGACAAGGAAAUAAUAAUAAAUAAUAAUAAACUCUGAACUACUUGUAUACCACA